AUGACGCAGUCACUGUGCUCGCCGUUCUCGGAGUCUUGGAUGCUUUCCGCGGGCUGGAGCUCAGCUCUGCCGCCCCGCUCCGAUAGGGACGACGCCUGCUCCACCGCCUCGUCCCCGAACUCCUGGGCCCCUCUGCCGAGCCCCACGCAGCCCCGCGAGCGCCCGGUCUCCCACGCCCCGAGGGCAGUGAGGCGUGCCGCCCGCGGGAGCCGCCUGGGUAGCGGGCAGCGGCAGAGCGCCAGCGAACGCGAGAAGCUGCGCAUGCGCACGCUCGCCCGCGCCCUGCACGAGCUGCGCCGCUUUCUGCCGCCGUCCGUGGCGCCCGCUGGCCAGAGCCUGACCAAGAUCGAGACGCUGCGCCUGGCCAUCCGCUACAUCGGCCACUUGUCGGCCGUGCUCGGCCUCAGCGAGGAGAGCCUGCAGCGUCGGCACCGGAGGCUCAGCGAGGCGGUGCCCUCUCGGAGCUGUCCGCUUUGCCCCGACGGCGGUCCAGCGCAGACGCAGACGCAGGGCCUGGGUUCGUCUGCUUGCGCUGCCGAAUCCUGGGGGUUCCCGGCCGCGGGUCUCGGAGCCCCGGCAGCUGUCAAGCCUCGCGACUCACUGGUGCGCUAUGAUGAGACGGUGUGCCACGAGGGACCGGCCAUGGCACCGAGCCCCUCAUCUCCGCUCUUUCCUGGCGACGUGCUGGCCCUGCUGGAGACCUGGCUGCCCUUGUCACCCCUGGAGUGGCCGCCAGCCUGA